CCUUAAAAUGUCAUUCCAAAUGAACCUGGUAAGUCAAUUAUAUUUCCAGUUAAUACGUUGCUCAUUGCUGGGUCUAAGGAAAGAGAAGAAGCUAGUGUAGAGCUUUGUAAGGCAGUUUCAAAUUGCAAUCUUGAAAUGACAAUUGUGUUACCAAUUCGAUUGUUUGCUUUUGAAAUUUCACUACAGAAGGAAGCUAGGAACAAGAAACAAAGUUUCCUUACAAGAGAAGAAGUGAUUGAAAUUGGUAAGUCUCUCCGACUUGAUGAUGAAUCAGAUAUUGAUGAAGCUCUGCAAUAUUUACACAAUGUCACUAUCAUUCUUUAUUAUCAUGAUGUCCUACCAAAUAUAAUAUUCGUUGAUCCUGAACCAAUUCUUGAUGUUCUUUCACUUUUAAUAGCUAUCACAUAUGUUGAACAAUCUAAACUGCAUUUAAUAGCAAAAGUAUCUAAUAGUGAAAGAUUGCGUCUCAAAGAUUGUGGCCUUUUUGAAGAAGAUCUUUUAAAAAAAAUUGGUCAACGAAAAAAAAUUUUUGAUCAAGAUUUUGAAUCGUCUCACAUGAUUAAACUUUUAAAACAUCUCCACAUCAUUGCUGAAGUAAAAAAUAAAAAAGAAAAGGAAGAUGAUCAUCACCACAUUGUCACUGACACAGAAAAUAAAGAGAAGAUUGAAUAUUUUUUCCCGUGUGCAUUACCAUCUUAUGAUGAGCUCAAAGCUCCCUCAACAGAAAUACAACCACUUCUCAUAGCAUGGGAGAUUAACAAGAGUGGCACAAUUCGCACAGAAUCUCUAGCCAUCCCUCAAGGAUUAUUUCCUUUAACCAUUGUACACCUUUUAGAGAGAGAAGAUGUUGACUUCAAUGAAAGAUUUUACAGAUGUCUUGAUGCCAUGUCACUCUGUGUUAAUGACGAGUACACUAUAAAUAUCAUCAAUCGAUGUACGCAUAUUGAGAUACGUUUUUAUGACGAAAAGAAGUAUUGUUCAGAAAUUCGUAAAUUAGUUGAGGAUGCUAUCAAAAAUAGUGGCAAUGAUCUCAAAGUUAGCAAAAAAUAUUCCCUGGUUUUUGCAUUCAAAUGCCCCCAAAAUGAACAAUCUUACUGCAUUGUCAAAGAAGAUAAUUCUUCUACCAGGUGUAAAUGUCAACCACAAUGUAAAGUACUACAAGGUGAUGAUGAUAACAGCUACAGGUGCUGGUUUAGUGAUUAUCAAUCAUCCAGUCCAGGAACCAAAGCAUCAUCAGAAGAUCCACCUACUAAAAAACGCAGAUUAGAAUUAACUACUGAUGCUUCACCAGCACAGCCUCAUCAAGACAGUACCACUGUUAAUCCUGAUAGUGAUGGAGCCGGACAGCUAAGUAAGAAUUGGCAUGGCUUAAUUAUAAUGCCAUUAAUAAUUUUUACUUUUCAUCAGGAUACUAUCAACUCCUUAGCUGUCUUCCCAAAUAUUUCAACAGGAAAUGGGGCUACAUGUUCAUGAUUCUUUUUCCUGUUAUUAUUGCUUUGACUAUAACCUAUUUCACAGUUGGAACAACUAUCACUACUGGUGCUUCAUCAGCACAGCCUCAUCAAGACAGUACCACUGUUAAUCCUGAUAGUGAUGGAGCUGGACAACUAGCUAUUAAAGAUCUCAAUAUGGUACAAAAAGUUUUAAGUGAAGCUCAGUUUGGUCCAGCAGAAUGGAAUAACUUGGGGCUAAAGUUAGGUCUAUACCAGCCAAGACUCAAUGCCAUUGCAAAAGGUGGUGGUGAUCCAGAUGACCACUUGAGGAAGACCUUAGAAGCAUGGCUAGAGGGUAAAGAUAAUGCAACUAGUAGAACAUGGCGGACUUUGAUAGAUGCUGUGAGGGAGACGAAUGGCCGUGCAGCUGCUGACGAAAUACCUAAAGAACUGAAAUCUCUUUAUGGUAUUACCCUUUAAUAAUAAUAGUAAUAUUUUGAAUGCAUUAUGUAUUGUUUUUUUUUCAUGUGUCUUAAUAGUAUUUUUUUUCUUUUCUGAAUGUUUAUUUGCUAUGGUUUUGACAGGGGCGUAUCUAA